AUGACGAAAUCAGGACCGCCUGUCGUGACACCCCCACUAUCAACAUUGAAGGAGAAAAAGAGGAAAGUUUUUUAUGAACACGGCAAGGAUUCUUUGGAUCUAGCGGUGUCAAUCGGCAAUUCACAGGAGGAUAAAGCGUUGCUUAAGGCUGGGAGACAUCAUCAACCGCAGGCUGGUCAGCCCCGAUCCGGGCGUAUUCAUCAAAAAAGCAGGACAAAAAAGAAAUUGGAGGAGGUCAAGGCUACCAUUGCGAUCCAGCGGGCUCGGCUGAAAAGGGAGAAAGUAAAAAUGCGCAAGGAGCGCCCGGGCCCCGCGGACCAUCAAAAGUCAAGCCCCGCACAGGAUCGUGCACCUCGCAAGAGGGUGUCCUUUGCUUAGGCCUUGACGUAUAUUUUACAUUUUUCUCGAUCAAUCAAAUGCAGUGGAAAUUAUUUGAUCAUCA